AUGACGGAAACACAAUCAAAAACUGCUAAUCAUCAACGUCUUGCAGAAAUGUUCGUACAUUUAACACCGCUUGGUGCUCGAAUACCAUACAGUAUCUCCAUUGAUAAUCAACAGAAUAUCUGGGUAGCGACCAAAGGAGGAUUAUUCAAAAUGGAUCGAUUUGGUAAACUGCUUUUCCAGGAGAAAAAUGAUUUUGCAAAAAAAGCUGAACCAUUUUGUCAAGUGUCACUUUGUGAAGAAAAGAUAAUUUAUGCUUAUUCGGAAUGUAUGUCAGGUUUAACGUUGCUCAAAGUAAUGACAUUGGACGGAAAAACAAUCAGUGAGCAAUUUGUUGACGGCAAAAUACAAAGUUUAAGCGUCAAUGACAGUGGCGAAAUGUUCUUGACCAAACGACCAAAAGGCGAGGAUUCCAUUAUUUACAGUUCGGAUAUUUGUUGUCCAAGUUGUUGGAGCGAAGUGAUCUGUGAAGAUGAAUACGUUUUUCAAACAGUAUGUGCCCUAUCCAGCGAUCUACUAGUUGUGUCAACCUGCACUUUGCCUAUCAAUAUAUAUUCUAGAUAUGGUAGUGAUAUUCUUGUCUUGGAUAAAACAGGCCGCAUUCAACAGUUUACGCAGAAUGGAGAUUUUGUCCGUGUAGCUACAAAGAUUGAUGCAUAUUUAGGCAACGCUUUCGUUGUCGACGGUAAUAUGGCUCUUAUAGCUUGCUCAGGGAUUGUGCUUGAUGAAGAUAACAAAACUAUUUGUGAUGAUUGGUUGGAAAAAGUUCCAUUGGACGGUAGUCAGUGGUUGCCUGAUGCAGAUUUUGUUGAUAAAAAAUAA